AUGGAAGCACAACAACUGCCAUACCGGGGAGCUCCGUUCCCUUCCAAAUGGCGCCGCAAUCAUCCACGAUCUAAGAAUGGGUGCUUGACUUGUCGCUCAAAACAGUGUACCUGGCCCACUCCCGAUAAGAGCCAGGCGGAAGAACAACUCAGCUCUCAGGUUGAUGGCGCUUUCAUGGCCAACGACCCCAAUCAGGGACUCAUCGACACAGUCGCAACCCUUAGUGCUGGCCUGAUGGUCUCACAAGGCGCCACUACUGCACCAUUAUCGAUGCGGGUGGCACCCACGUAUGGCAACCUGGCCUAUCUAAGCGACAGCUCUCGGCCUCUUUAUCAACAGUACCUGGAUUUCACAGCUGAGCAGUUAACGCGCGGACCAAGUGAAGACGGCAACCCCUUCAUGAAUUACUUACUACCAUUGGCUGCCAGUAAUGAGCUGGUUCUUGAUUGCAUUCUUGCUAUUGGCGGGGCGCAUUUGACGGUCAAUAAUCCGACGGAUCGUGGCUUGGAGGUGGCUACACGAGGCCAUUACGCAAAGGUCCUGGCUGGUUUGCAGAAGCUACUGGCGUAUGAGACGUCCCAGAUAGCUGCCGGGACGAUCGACGGAACUACAUCAACGAGGUCUUCCCAAAUUCUGUUGAUUCUGCAGCUACUUUGUGUUUAUGAUCAUAUAGAAGGCAAUACACGUGGUGCAGUUUAUUUACACCUCAAAGCGAGUCGUGAAUAUAUCGUCACGCUCACAUCCUUGUCUCGUACUUACGACGAACUCGAGUACCUGCGCGGUUUUCUCUUGGAGAUGUACACCUACCAUGCCAUGAAGCUUGCUCUUUCUCCGCGGAAUGCGCUUCAUGACCAUAAGGUGGAGAUCGAUCCAUCUGUCCAUUCACUAGACAUUCUUGCCCCGUACAAAUCUCGCGGAUACCUCCUCGGUUUUGGGCAACGUUUAUUUGAGAUGAUACCUGAGAUACACCAGCUUGUUGAGGCCCGGCGAGAAGAGGAGAAACUAGGCGUCGAGGUAUCUUUGGGCAUGAAACAUCAGUAUGAAAGGCUGUUGGCGAUAUUGGAGGCAUUUGAUCCAUAUGAGGAAAACCUCGAAGGCCUCCGUCCUCGUCAAGAACGCGCUGGCGCCACGAUGAUCUAUCAAAAUGCUCUCAUCGUUUAUCUACACUCCGCAUUUCACGAAGAUUUACUCUCAGACCCGAACAUGGCUACAGAGUUAGAAGCGCGCAUCGACAAGAUGAUGCCUGCAUUCUUCUCUCUAUUUGUCGGGGACUCACCUUACCGUCGUAUGUUGCUCUGGCCUGGAGUUAUCAUGGCAUCUUGUGCGCGACGCAGCGAGCACGUUAUUGGCUUUCGUCGGGGGUUAGUCGGAAGAGCUACGCGGACGCCUGGCGCUGUGAAGACCGGUGCGCGGAUGGUAGAGUUGCUGUGGCAGGAUCCGGAUCCGCGGGUCUUUGGACCAAGAGGGCUUUCCUAUAUUAUGACGAAACACGAUAUUAGCAUUAGUUUAGGCUAG